AUGAAAGGCGGAUUCCGUAUCGCGGGGUUUUGCGUUACCUGCCUCAUUCUAUUCUCAAUAUAUCUACUCGAAGCGCAUCUACAAGACAUCUGCAAUCAAUAUCGCGCUGGCGCAUAUGUGAUUCGUUGGCUAGAUCGCCAUGGCACUGCCCCAAGCCCACAUGGCGAGAUCACACCGGGUGAUAAAGUGAUUGUGAUGGCCAAGCUGGAAGAAGAGAACACCGAUUGGGUGAAAGACGAGCUUCCUGACUGGCAACGGGCAAUCUACACUGUCAACCCCUCACACGAGACACGGCUAAAUCCUGAUGUUCUGACAACUCCAUUCAACAAAGGCCAUGAAGCCAUGGCCUACUUCACGUACAUAAUCGACUCCUACCACAAUCUCCCCUCGACCAUCGCCUUUCUCCACGCUCAUCGCGCAGGCUUCCUCAUGGCAUGGCACGUCGAUGCGCCACUCCACGAUAACGUCAUAGCCAUGCGCAGUCUCCGGUCCGAUUUCGUCCAGCAAAACGGCUAUGUCAACCUUCGCUGCAAUUGGAAUCCCGGCUGCAGGGACGCCCAUCGCUUCAAUAGUCAUGUCACCGACCAGGUCUGGUUGGAUGUCUUCGACGGCACGAGUACGCCGCCCUUGAAUACUUCCUCGUCCACGCAGCAGGAGUUCGCCGGCCAGAUGUAUCUUCGCAAGCCGGCCAAGAUCGGUGCCGCAUGCUGCGCGCAAUUCGCUGUCUCGCGAAAUCAGGUUCAGAGGCGUCCGAUUGAGGAUUAUAUCAAGUUCCGGCAAUGGAUUAUCGACACGGAGCUUACUGACGCUUCGUCGGGGCGGGUUAUGGAGUUCUUGUGGCAUAUAAUUUUCGGCAUGCAAGGGUUGUCCCGAUGA